AUGGAAAAAUUUGAAUAUGGUUUUAUAUCAAUGGAAUUACAAUCAUCUUUUUUAUCAAGAAUUACAUUUUGGUGGUAUAAUAAAUUUGCAAUAUUUGGAUCAAAAAAUGAUUUAACAAUUGAUGAUUUAUAUGAUUUAAAUUAUGAUAUUAAGAGUGAAUAUAUUGAAAAUUUAUGGGAAACAUACUGGACACCAUGUAUAAAUAAAUAUUUUGAAGAUGUUAAGAAAUAUAAAACUAUAAAAAAAGUACCACUACCAUCAGUAGUUUUAGUUUGCUUUAAAAUGUUUAAAUAUGAUUUUUUUAUAGCUGGUGUUAAUAGAUUUUUAUGUGACAUAUUACAGUUUGCAGAUCCUAUAUUUUUAAAAUUAAUGAUAAAUUUACUUUCUGAUGAAAAUUCAUCUUCAUAUGUUGGAAUAUUUUAUUGUAUUUCAAUGUUUAUUGUAUCUGAAAUCAGAUCUAUAUGUAAAAAUUAUUAUUAUUAUGUUUCAUUUACUUUGGGCACAAAAAUUCAAACAGCAUUAACAUUUGCCGUUUACAAAAAAUCAUUAAAACUAUCUAAUAUUGCUAGAAAAGAAAAAACAGUUGGAGAGAUUGUAAAUAUUAUGGCAAUUGAUAUUGAAAAAUUACAACUUUGUGUAAAUCAAAUUCAUCAGUAUUGGGCAAAUCCAUUACAAUUAUUAUUAGUCUUAGUUUUUCUUGUCAAAACAUUAAAAUACUUUGCAUUAUCAGGAAUAAUUGUUAUGUUUUUACUUGUCAUACUUACAUAUCUAUUUUCUACAUUUAUUAAAAAAAAUGAAAAUAUUCAAACCAAAAUUAAAGAUGAAAGAAUUAAAAUAUUAAAUGAAAUUUUGAAUGGAAUAAAAGUAAUAAAAUUAUAUGCAUGGGAAAAUCCUAUAUUAAAAUUGAUUGAAAAAAUUAGAAUAAAAGAAAUUUGUUAUUUAAAGAAUGUUUCUGUAUAUAGGAAUUUGAUUUAUAUACUUAGUAAUAGUUAUCUAUUUGUUGUGCCUUUACUUACAUUUGCUACAUUUACAUUAACUGAUGCAAGUAAUAUUUUAACACCACAAGUUGCUUUUGUUUCAUUAACUUUGUUUAAUUUAAUGGAAACACCAACAAUAUUAAUUGUUGACAUGAUUGAAGAUACAGUAAAAGUAAUUGUAUCAAAUGAGAGAAUAAAACAAUUCUUGACAGCUGAUGAAUAUGAUGAUGAUAUUAUUUUUCAAAAAGAUUAUCUUAUUAAUAAUAAAAAUAAAAAUUUAUCUAUUGGAUCAAUUUCAAUUGAAGAAUGUACAUUAUCUUGGGAUUCUUAUCAUCAUAAUUUAAGUAAAAUUAAUCUGAAUAUAGAAAAAGGUAGUUUAGUAAUGAUUAUUGGUAAAGUUGGUAGUGGAAAAUCUUCACUUCUUUCUGGAAUAUUAAAAGAAAUGUCAAUAUUAUCUGGAAUGAUUAAAGUUAAUGGUUUAAUUGCAUAUUUUCCUCAACAAGCAUGGAUUCAAAAUAUGUCAUUAAGAGACAAUAUUUUAUUUUGUAAUGAUUUUAAUUAUAAAUUGUAUCAAAAAGUUGUAGAAUGUUGUGCAUUAGUACCAGAUAUAAAUAUUCUCCCAAAUGGAGAUCAAACUGAAAUUGGAGAAAGAGGAAUUAAUAUGUCAGGAGGACAAAAGGCACGUAUAAGUUUAGCUAGAGCAGUUUAUUCAAAUUCUGAUAUAUAUUUAUUGGAUGAUCCAUUAUCUGCAGUUGAUUGUCAUGUUGGAAAACAUAUUUUUGAUAAAGUUUUAGGAAAUUAUGGCAUUCUUAAAAACAAGACAAGAGUUUUAGUAACAAGUAAUGUUAACAUAUUAGAAAAAGCUGAUUUAAUAAUUAUGAUGGAAGAUGGUAGAAUUAUAAAAAUGGGAAAAUAUGAUAAUCUGGUUAAUGAUAAAACUAACGUUUUUAACGAUUUUAUAAUGUCUGUUAAAAAAGAAAAAACCAAUGAUGAAGAAUUUAAUUUGGAUUCAAUAAACAUAGAUAAUAAUAUUGAAAAUAAAAAGUUAUUGCCUUUAUCAAGAAUUAAUAGUACAUUAUCAUCGACAUCAUCAAUAGAAUCAAGAGACUUAGAAAAUGAAAAAACAAAUUCAGGUAAUUUAAUAAAAGAAGAACACAUUGACAGAGGAAGAGUUAAAAAAGAAGUAUAUUUAAAAUAUUUUAAAACGGCUAAUUAUCAACUUGUAUUAUUAUUUUUUUUGGGAAUAAUGGCUUACAGUUACUUACAAUUAGGAAGAAAUAUUUGGUUAACAUCAUGGUCUAAUGAUUAUAAUAAUAAUAUAAAAAAUGAAACAACAAAUAACUAUAAAACAAAUCUUUAUAAUAGAAUUACAAUUUAUGCACUAUAUGGUAUAGUAGAAAAUGUUGUUUUAUUUUUUUCUACAAUGGCAUUAAUUUAUCUUACAGUUAAUACUUCAAAAAAUUUACAUACACCUAUCUUUUAUAAUAUUAUGAAAUCACCAAUGUUGUUUUUUGAUACAACACCAAUUGGAAGAAUAUUAAAUCGUUUUGGAAAAGAUAUUGAUAUUAUUGAUCGUCCACUGCCACAAUUUUUUAGCUAUUUCAUUAAUUCUGUUGGUAAACUUAUAGUAACAUUAACAAUAAUCAAUUUUACAAUACCAAUCUUAAUUAUUUUUAUAAUUCCAUUAUUUUUUGUAUAUGGAUUUAUUUUAAAACUUUAUAUCUUAACAUCAGGGCAAUUGAAAAGAUUGUUAAGUGUCAACACAUCACUAGUAUAUUCACAUUUCAGUGAAAGUAUUCAAGGAACUUCAAUUAUUCGUGGUUUUGGUAAAAUUAUUCCAUUUAUUGAAAAAUUAAAUUAUAAUAUUGAUCGUAAUAUGAAAAUUCAUUAUUUAAGAAUAUGUGGUGAUCGAUGGCUAGGUGUACGUUUAGAAUUUAUUGGAAAUUGUGUUCUAGUAAUUAUGGUUAUUAUUUGUGUUAUUUUUAAAGAAAUAAAUUGGAUUACUAAUUCAAGUUUAAUUGCUUUAGCUAUAACAUAUUCUUUAGGUAUUAGUGAAACAUUAAAUUUUUUAGUUAGAGAACUUAAUGAAUUAGAAAAAAAUGUUAUUUCCGUUGAAAGAUUAUUAGAAUAUUCUAAAAUUGAAACAGAACCAGAAUUAAAUGAUAAAAAUAUUGAAAAGUAUUGUACAGAAAAUUGGCCAAAUAAUGGUGAAAUAAUAUUUAAAAAUUAUUCAAUGAAAUAUAGAUCAAAUUUAGAUUUAGUUUUAAAAAAUAUUAAUAUACAUAUAAAAGGUGGUGAAAGAGUUGGUUUAAUUGGAAGAACAGGUUCUGGUAAAAGUUCUUUAACCUUAGCAUUAUUUAGAAUAAUUGAUCCUAUUGAUGGAAAUAUAUUUAUAGAUGGUGUUGAUAUUGCAAAAGUUAGCCUUCAUAAUUUGAGAAAUCAUAUUACAAUAAUUCCUCAAGAUCCUGUUGUAUUUUCUGGAACUAUUCGUUUUAAUUUAGAUCCUUUUAAUAAUUAUUCUGAUAGUCAAAUAUGGUUAUCAUUAGAAAAAUCAAAUUUAAAAGAUUUUUUUUAUUCAAAAAAUGAAGGACUUGAUUUUAUUAUAUCAGAAAGUGGAUCAAACUUAAGUGUUGGUACAUGCCAACUUAUUUGUUUAGCAAGAGCUAUAUUAAGAAAAUCAAAAAUAAUUGUUUUAGAUGAAGCAACAUCAGCAAUUGACUAUCAUACUGAUCAAUUAAUUCAAAAUACAAUAAAAAAUGAAUUUUUAUCAAGUACUGUUAUUGCUAUUGCACAUCGUCUAAAUACGGUAAUGAAUUACGACAAAAUUAUUGUUCUUAAUGAAGGAAAAAUUGUUGAGUUUGAUACACCUUCAAAUCUACUAAAAAAUCAUGAUUCAUUAUUUUUUUCGAUGAUUCAAAGUGGAAAAUUAAAAGAAAAAUAA